AUGAUCAAACAACGAUACUCUGGCAGUAAAUCUGGUGUCGCUUGUCACAAUUACUCUGAAAAUCCCUCGUUAGCGCCCGGAGUCCGUUCCUCACUUAAAACCCACCCUUAUUACCUCUCACCUUUUUUCGUCCCUCACCCUCUCUUUCUUUCUUUCUUUCUUUCUUUCUUUCUUUCUUUCUUUCUUUCGUUCCACGUCUGUUUCUUUUUCUAUCUCAUUUUCCUUUUCUCUCUUUCCCUCUUCUUCUCUCUCCCUUUCCUUUCCUUUCUUUAUUUUCUAUCUUUCUUUCUCCGUCUGUUUCUUUCUCUCUCCCCACCAUUUUUCUCUCUCUUUCCCUUUCUCUCUCUCUCCUUUUCUUCCUUUUACUGUGAUCGGCCAAUCAAAUUCUGGCUCCUUUCUUUCUUUGCUUUUUUUCUUUCCUUUUCCUUUUUUUCUUUUUAUUCUUUCUUUCUUUCUUUCUUCAUUUCCAUUUCUCGUUUCUUUCUUUUCUUUCUAUUUUCUUCAUUCAUUCUUUUUUUCUUUUCCUUCUUUUCUGGCUUUCUUUUAUUCUUUCUUUAUUUUCUUUGGUUCUUCACUCGAUUUUUAUUUUUCAUUCUUGCUCACUCAUAUUGUUCCUUUUCUUUCAUUCUUUCUUUCUUUCUUCCUUUCUUUCUUUCUUCCUUUCUUUCUUCCUUUCUUUCUUUCUUUCUUCCUUUCUUUCUUCCUUUCUUUCUUUCUUUCUUUCUUUCUUUCUACACUCUCUCCUCUAUACUUUUAUUUCUUUUCUCUCUUUUUCAUUUUUUCCUUUCCUUCAUUCCUUCCUUCCUUCCUUCCUUCCUUCCUUCCUUCCUUCCUUCUAUCUAUCCUUCCUUCUUUCCUUCCUUCAUUUCUUCCUUCCUUCCUUUUCCUUCCUUCCUUCAAUCUUUCCUUUUCCUUCCUUCCUUCCUUCCUUCCUUCCUUCCUUCCUUCCUUUCAUACCGAUUCCAGAUCCAUGCCAACAAAUUAAGACCAAUCCAUACAAAGCAAAUCCAUGAACUAAGCCGUCGACUGAGCUGUUAUAAUAUUCCUCCUUUUGUUUUAAUCUAUCUAUCUAUCUAUCUAUCUAUCUAUCUAUCUCUUAUUUUUUAUGAGUUCUUAUCUAUUAUUCCUUGUUUAACCCCAUUUCUCUUCCACCCUCCAUCUCUCCCUUGCCCUCUUUUUCCCUUGGCGCAUGCGCACGCAUCUUUGCAUAUUUUUCCCGAUGGCCCAUCGAGCCGAGUUAAUUGGGGUGAGUCUGCCUGGAGAAGGAAGACGAAAAUAUGCAUUUGUCUCCGCCCAUACGCCCACAUUCACUCAUUUCCCAAACUAAGAGUAGCAACAACGGCGGCUGCAAGCAGCCGAUCAAUGAAAGUGAAUAAAUUGGGAAUUCGAUUUUGUCUUCUUCUUCUUCUUCUUCUUCUUGCACUUUUACUCUGUUUUUUUCUUUGUUUUUUUCCUUCCCUUGUUUUCCUCGAACAAACAUUAGUCAAUUUUCUUUUUCGAUUUCAACCGUUCUUCUGGAUUUCGAACCUUAUCGAGCGCUCAAUUGUUGAAGCCUUAUGCCACACCAAAGGUUAUCAAAUUCAUCCCAUCAUUUUUUCAUUCAUUGACUCCAUUGGUUUGUAUUUUAAUAUUCUUUCAUUCCUCAUUUUAUAUUUUCCCAUCAUUCUUUCAUUCCGGAUUUUAUAUAUUCUCACCAUUCUUUCAUUCCUUAUUUCAUAUUUUCUUACCAUUCUUUCAUUCCUCAUUUCAUAUUUUACCACCAUUCUUUCAUUCCGUAUUUCAUAUUUUCCCACCAUUCUUUCAUUCCUUAUUUCAUAUUUUCUUACCAUUCUUUCAUUCCGUAUUUCAUAUUUUACCAUCAUUCUUUCAUUCCGGAUUUCAUAUUUCCCGCCAUUCCUUCAUUCCUCAUUUUAUAUUUUCCCAUCAUUCUUACAUUCCGGAUUUCAUAUUUUCCCACCAUUCUUUCAUUCCUUAUUUCAUAUUUUCUUACCAUUCUUUCAUUCCGUAUUUCAUAUUUUACCAUCAUUCUUUCAUUCCGGAUUUCUUAUUUCCCGCCAUUCCUUCAUUCCUCAUUUUAUAUUUUCCCAUCAUUCUUUCAUUCCGGAUUUCAAUAUUCUCACCAUUCUUUCAUUCCUUAUUUCAUAUUUUCCCACCAUUCUUUCAUUCAAUCUAAUAUCUUUCAUUUAUUUUAUUUUUAUUUUCAUCAUUUUUCAUUCAGUCAUUCAUUCGUUACUUAACUUUUUCAUUUAUUUUAUUCCUUCAUUGUUUUAUUUCUCCAUUCUUUUGUUUUAUCUUUUUAUAUUUUCUUCUUCCCCGAUAUUCUUCUCUACCCAUGUCACCAACAAAUCUCGUAUCUAUCUAUCUAUCUAUCUAUCUAUCUAUCUAUCUAUCUACCCAUUUAUACUAUUCAUCUAUCUAUCUAUCUAUCUAUCUAUCUAUCUAUCUAUCUAUCUAUCUAUCUAUCUAUCUAUCUAUAUGUUCCUGUCUGUCUGUGUCAAUAUCUUCACGUCUGUAAUAUCUCAAUUUGUUCACAUUUAUCAAUUGAUAUCUGAUGAUAUUAACAUCUAUUAA